GACAACUCAAAUGCCAAAAUAUUUUAUCAUUAUAACCUCAAUAAAUUUUAUGUUGAAUUGUAAAUUGUAUUCGUAUAUAUCGAAAACAGAAAUUAUGUUAUUGUUCUUUUCGUCUUGAAUUUAGUAAAAUAGUAUCAUUGUAGCUUUUGUGGAUUUGUAGAGUUCAUUCAUCUGCGAGUUACGUAUAAUGCAAUGGGUAAAACAUCAAAUUCUAACAUAAAAACUGGUGAGAUCGUUAUGUCAGCCAUCAAAAAGCUGAUGAGAAAUACAGGAUGGACUGCGCGGACUAUAGUAAAAUUUAUUAAAAUGGAAUACAGAAUUUUGGAUCCUAAGAUCAGUAGAAAAGUCUCCAGGGCACUAAAACGAGGUGUCAGAUUGGGAUUACUCCAAAUGGAAAGUGGUCGAUAUCGACUCAAUAAGAUGUCUCGCCUGGCUCGGCCCAUGAACUCUCACCAGAUGUGUCUACGUCGGCGGGGAAAAAAGCAUAACCGCAUAAGACCUCUUCAUAUAUGGAGCUGUACGUCGUCCUCAAACUCCGGAUGCACAUAUGCUAGACGUAGAAGAUCUUGAUUAUUUUUUAUACAUGGAUAAAAAAUUAAAUACGUAUUUGUUUCA